UACCCCUCUGAGAACAUGGCAAGCACUAAUAAUGCAAUUUGUUUUAUGAGCAGAGGCCUCAUUCUGUUAAGUAUGAUGGUUGAAUGUCAGGAAAGUGUCGACAAGCAGUAGGAUGUAGCUCUGUGUGUAAAACGAUGCAUUAUUUGCCUGCUGACAGACUUAAUACACUGAAAUGAAACCCAAAUUUAGAAAGUGUGCUAAUGAAGCAGCUCUGUCCCUGCAGGAGCUGACAAACAAACAUCAACAACUGUUCAGUGUGUUUGUGUUUCUCUUCUGUCUCUCUUCCAGUGAGAUCUCAUCAGCAGGAUGCCCGAGCAUAUGCAAGAGAGGAAACCAAAGAUCUCAGCUUCAAGGAAGCUUAUGCUCAAGAGCUUGAUGGUGGCAAAAGCCAAGGAGGAAUUGGAACAGGAGAUCCUGGUCAAAGAGGAGGAGAAAAAUAAGUAUCUGUCGGAGAGAGCUCCUCCUUUAAACACUGGUGGCCUCAGCCUUGCACAGCUGCAGGACCUCUGCAGAGAGCUUCAUGCCAAGAUAGAUGUGGUGGAUGAGGAGCGAUAUGACAUUGAAGCUAAAGUCAUGCUCAACACACGUGAGAUAAAAGACCUGAACAUCAAGGUGCUGGACCUCAGGGGGAAAUUCAAGAGGCCUAAUCUGAGGCGUGUUCGUGUUUCUGCUGAUGCCAUCCUCCGCUCUCUGCUGGGCUCCAAGCAUAAAGUCUCCAUGGACCUCCGGGCCAACCUCAAAUCUGUCAAGAAAGAGGACACUGAGAAGAAGAGGCCAGUAGAGGACAGUGAUUGGAGGAAGAAUGUGGAGGCCAUGUCUGGAAUGGAGGGGAGAAAGAAGAUGUUCGAUGCUGCCAAGGGUCCUGCCCAGUGAAUGCAGAAGGUGUCAUAUGGCAUCACUCUUUUAACUAAAUUGCUUUUGUAGUCCCACAGUGAACUGCAGCUUCUAAAUUUCAGUCUGAUACUGCCAGUCUUGUGUAUGCUCCUGCAAUGGCUUUCUCUGUUUUCCCAUGGAACUGAUCAGUUUCCUGACCUGGUUUAGACUUCAAGAAAAGACAUAUAGUGGAGCUGCUGUCUCCAAACAACAGAUGUGGAUAGUGUUCUUUCUUAUAAUAAUAACUUGGUCAAAUCAAACUGCAGCUUUAAUGAUUUUUCUUGAUAAGUAACGGUAAACAUGGCCUGUGGUUUUGUGAACUGGCUGGGUUUUCUUUAAACUUUAACAAUAAAAAUCACACUACUGAUCUUUUUGUUGUUUUUUUUUCCUCUGUACAAGUUUGCGCUCAG